AUGUCGUUGCAACGGCAUUUCUCCUUAUAUAAUGGCGUCUCGGAACGAUCCAGAGGCUGGAAGUCGAGGCGCACUGACCCUGCUGCCACCACCGAGGCCCAACUGUCAAACAACUCGAACAUCAUGAGAUGGGACGGCGCAGCGAGGUCCAGCAUACCGUGGGACUGCUUGAAAAAGGACCCUGAACUAUGGCAAAAGGUUGGGGAUUGCUAUGUUCACUUGUGUGGACAGGGCCAGUCGCGCAGAGGCCCAGCUUUCAAGGUGUCAUUCUCGACACUCCAGGAAGCAAAGUGCCAGCCGCUCCUGGACAGGUUCAUGUCUGAAGAGUCCAAAAGGUCAAUAUCAGCACUCUCUAGAUCUCGCUCAAAGAGUGUCUCAAAGUCAAGCGACCGGCAACCUCGCAUUGAGCUCUACAUUCCAGCACCGCCCAACUCGGACAAGCAACAAGCCUACAGCUAUCACUUGGCGACUCGGAACUUUUUUGCCUUUGUCUUCAGAAGGUCGCUAGUCGGCGAGCAUCUUGGCGAGGCACUUAUCAACCUAAUGCACAGCAUGCACGAGUCUCGUUCACCAGAUGCGGACAAUGUGGCCGACCUCAUGGGCUACAUGGACGAAGAGGGAUAUCUGGAGAUGAAGAAUAGACCGGCAUAUGCAUUGGCUAAUCUUCGUCUGGCUGAAACAUUCCAACUCCGGGAUCUGUACAUCGAGGCAUUUGCACACUGCUGCGGCAUGAGCGAACGAUUGUCCUCGUGCCCAGAGUAUCAGCUUGUGUCCUCGGUGACCAGAAAACUUAUGCGACGCGCCGUUGUAGAAAUGGAGGUCAAGCUCGGCCAGAUUGGUAAGAUGCUCAGCACAUUUCUUCAGGAUGAGUUGUCCGAGGCCUAUCUCGGCUUGUCUCCUGGUGCUCGGGCACACAUGGAGCGAUUUCGUACAUUGCUUCAAGGCUUCUACGCAGCCAAGCUCGGCUAUUAUCCUCCACGAUCCAUUCAUGCACGAACCACGAUAUUCGAGGCAAACGUGUACCAAACCCUCCAAGAUGAUUUCGAGGCCUUGUAUCAAUACCUGGUGGACGAGAAUUUCGAACCGACGGCGGGUGUUCUUCCCUCAGCUCAGGGUGGAAUUUGCGCAUUGCAAAGCGUACAGUCCUUUGACACGAGGUGCAAAUAUUCGACGCUCAAAAAUCCACUCCCACUUCUUCCGAAUAUCUCUCAGCAAGUUAAUUCGAGGCGAAUGUCAUGGUUUGGUAAACAACCCAAGCUGUCCAUUCGCGAACGGGUUGAGUGCCACAUUGCUCUCAUGAAGGCUACGAAUGAGAGCAAGAUGCAGCUCUUGAAAAAUGACCUUGUCAGGGCGUACCGAAAAUUCGAGGAGGACUGCAUAUUCGCACCCAUCAAGGGAGAUAAACAGGAACAGAUUAGCCUGACCGAUGCGCGAAAAGUCCGGUGGAUCCUGGUGUACACAAUGUAUCAGACAUUGCUACAAGCCACGCGCGCACCUGACGAGGUCAAGGAUUGUGCUCGUGCCCCCUACAGUCUCUGCAUUUCAACCUCCAACCUUCCCCCUUGGGACCACCCGAUACCUUCCUUCAUUUGGCGCCAGUCAGACCUUGUCUCACGAAACCCAUCCACAUCAACAGAUGGCCGAAGUGGUCAGUCUGAUGGACGAUCGACUCCAGAGUCACCCGUUCUCGAAAUCAAGCCAGACAUCGAUUAUCUUGCACUGUGCAACAAAGAUGUUGAGGCCUACAUUGAGUCUGAGAUGGCCAGAUCCCCAGUCGUCGAAGCCCCAGCACGCCGCCCCAAGGGACUGUCACGGAGCAACACAUUUCGAAGAUCCAUGCGAGUCUUUGGUUGUCGAGAAGAUGACAAGACACCUACCGGAUCGAAAAGCCGGCGCAAGUCUCAGCACUAUCAGGAAAUCACGGUUCAGGGCUACGGAAAUGGUAUGAACGACCUCGAACCUAUGCCGACCGAAGAUGAGUCUAGCGUUGCUGUCAUGGUCGCUCAGAUCAAGAACACGGUCACCACUUCGCGCUCGGCAUCGACGGCUUCGCAAUCAAGUAGCGUAUAUGCCAGUGCAUCCGAGGACGGAAGCGCCUCUACCGCCGCCACUUCUUUCAUGGGGUCGCUGACCAGCAGCCCAGUCAAAACGAGCAGAGCGUAUCCUUGGGAACUCUGCCGUUCCGGAACAAUUGGAUCCACCACGCGUGACAAGGAUGAAGGAGUUGUCUUGCCACGAGCCAUGUCAAUGGGUUCAACGUCACGGCCCCUGUCUGCAUUUUUCGAAUCCCGCGGGUCACAAAAACAGAGUCGGCCCGCCAGAUAUCGCCACUCGCACAUGGAACCACCAAAGCCUAGGUUUGCCAUGCACAAACACGAUCUUUCAAAGAUAUCAAGCAGUGAUGAGAUUUUGGAAGACAUCAAAACUUUUAGUGAGCUGCACAGCUCACAACUCAAAACAGAGAACAUUGUUUGGGACAGUUAUAAUGACCUUGGUGGCUUGACGGAGAUUGACGCCAUGCCACCUCGAAGGGUCAGCACAAUCUUUUAA